UUCAAUAGUUGGUAAUACCAAGUAUUCCUUCAAUGUCGACACGCUGUAAACGUUCCUUACUACACAAUGGCUCCUGUAAGUAGAAAUGUGGGAUAUUUACUAUAUUUAUUAUUUAUUUACGGUUUGAUCUAUUACGGCUAUAACUUUGCUAAUUAUUGUCGAAAUGAUUCCUUAUGAAAAGAAUUAUAAAUAGUAUUUUGACUUUUCUAAUUUCAAAACUUCUCCUAUUUUUCCAACAACUAUAAAUUAGUUGUAUUUUUAAUUCUUCAAAGAUGAGUGGUUUUAGAUAUUUUGAAAAUGUUAGUAGUUAAUUAAAAUUAAGGAUGUUUCUGAUAAAAUCGGAUGAUAUUGUCACAUGUAGGGUAUAGGUUAUGUUGGGCUAAAAAACCAGCACCAGCCGCUAAGAAGGUGCCGACAACCACUGUCACCAGUGGUAAGGCUGGCAAAACCGCUGCAGCUUCUUCCAAGGCAGCUCCAGCGCCAGCUGCUAAAGCAGCUGCAGCCAAAUCAGCAGCUCCCACUUCUGCUAAACCAUCAGCCAAACAACCCGCUCCAGCUCCUAAAGCCGCUCAGCCCAAAGCCCAGGCGAAGCCUGCCGCUCAACAACAAAAGCCUGCUAAACCACAGCAGCAAACAAAAACUGCAGCUCCGGCUAAAGGUCAAGCUAAGCCUGCAGCCCAGGCAAAGCCCGCUGCUCCAGCUGCAGCUCCUAAACAACCCGCAGCUCCAGCUGCAGCAGGAACUCAACCUGCCGCAGCAGCACCCAAGAAAGCUCCUUCAGGUGCAGUUAAAAAAGCAACAACUGCGCCCAAAAAAAGUCAAAAUUUACAGAAGAAGUCCCACCAAGGUGUUAGGAAACAAGUGUUAAAAGGAAAAGGACAGAAAAAGAAAAAAGUAUCAUUAAAGUUUAUAAUUGACUGUACUCAUCCAUAUGAAGACAAAAUUAUGGACGUCGCCAACUUCGAAAAGUAUAUUCAAGAAAGGUUUAAAGUUAAUGGUAAAACCAACAACUUAGGCAAUAAUGUUACUUUGGAAAGGAACAAGAUGAAAAUAACUGUUACUUCAGAUGUUCAUUUCCCUAAGAGGUACUUGAAAUAUUUGACUAAGAGGUACCUUAAGAAGAACAAUUUGAGGGAUUGGCUGAGGGUUGUAUCUAGUUCGAAGGAUACCUAUGAACUAAGGUACUUCCAGUUUAAUAGCCAGGAUGAUGAUGAUGAAGAGGACAAUGAUUAAUUUUAACAAAAUGAACUCUUUUAUGAUGUUUAAUAAAAAUAAUGUAUUAAAAUUUCAUUUCUUUUUU